AUGUCUUACGACGGUUGUAGACUACGACAUCGUAGCGAAUCUUACGAACUUGUUUGUGAAUCCGACCCCAGGGGUCGGAUUCACAAACAAGUUCGUAAGAAGCGACCGUGUACGGUGUUGAGAGAUAGUGGAGCUAGUUUGGACCUAGUUCAUCCAUCAUUUGUAUCGUCGGAAAACUACCUGAGUAAAUGUGUGUGGAUCCGACAAGUGAUGGAAGAACAGACAGUGUGUUUACCCGUAGCUGAGGUAAUGCUAGAGGGUCCUUUCGGAGAACUGCGAACCGAAGCUGCCGUAAGCGACAAGUUACCUAAAAAGUACUUGUAUCUACUUUCAAAUCGAACGGCUCACCUAAUGCGCAAAGCGGGCAUGAAUCUAGAACCAGAGACGAUCUGCGCAUUGACAAGGGCGAAGGGGCGAGAGCUUAGGGAAUUGAAAGCUGCGGAAGAGGCUGAGGAGCAGAAGGGUAUGAAUGACCAAGGAGAUAGGGGCCAUCAUGUAAAGACGCCGACAGUCAGAGAUCAUCAGAGCGCAGACGAUCAGGAAGACAUAGGUUCUAGCAGAGGCGAAUUUUUGGCACCAACGAGUAAAGCUUUAACUAACCUGAUCCACGUAGACAGAGAUACGCUUAUCAAACUCCAGGGUGACGACGCGUCUCUAGCGAUACUAAGCCAUAAUGAUCAGGUGGGGGCUGCGAAGAAGAAUGUCAGGAUCUUUAAGAAAAGCGAUGUUUUGUACCGGCACUAUGAGGAUCGAAAAGGACGAGUGGUAGACCAGCUGAUCGUACCAAAGAGCUUGCGCAAUGUAGUUUUACGGCUUUGUCACGACAACUCUUGGGCGGGACACUUAGGCUUGCGUAAAACAAAACAACGGCUACUUCAAGAAUGGUACUGGCCUGGGUGUUUUAGAGACGUAGAGAACUAUGUUAGGGCAUGCGACACAUGUCAAAGGGUGGGGAAACCCAACGAGCGGUGCAAGGCGCCUCUAACUCUCGUUCCGAUCAUCAGCGAGCCGUUUCAGAGAUUGGUCAUAGACGUAGUCGGGCCACUUCCCGCGUCGAAAUUCGGUAGCAGGUAUGUGCUUACCAUGAUCUGUCCGGCUACCAAAUUCCCCGAAGCGGUACCCCUCAAAGAGCAAUCUUCGACGGAAAUCGUAGACGGUCUUUUGUCUGUAUUUGCCCGGGUAGGGUUCCCAAAGGAGAUCCAAUGUGACAAUGGAUCCGUUUUUACGAGCGCACUGACCACGACAUUUCUAGAGAAAUGUGGAAUCCGUGUAAUUCAUAGCUCCCUACACCAUCCACAAAGUAACUCAGUGGAGAAAUGGCACUCUGUGCUGAAGCGCGUACUGAGGGCUUUGACUUACGAAUGCAAGACAGACUGGGAGGCAGGUCUUCCGGGGGCAAUGUUUGCACUGAGAUCCGUGCCUCAUGAAGCCACUGGGUUCAGCCCAGCUGAACUAGUGUAUGGGCGUGCGCUUCGCUCCCCUAUGCGCCUCAUAAGGGAAAAGUGGGAGGACGAGCAGAGCGACACAACGGUUCUAGAGUACGUUCUGAGCCUACUCGAAAGACUUCGGAAUUCGCGUGAAAUAGCGGAGAGUAACAUGCGAGAAGCGCAACAGCGGGCGAAAACCUACUACGAUCGCAACGCGCGCCCUAGGGUUUAUAAGGAAGGUGACAAGGUGUUGGUGUUACGGCCUACAAGGGCCAACAAGCUAGAGGUGCAUUGGGACGGUCCGUUUAAAGUAAUUAGGAAACUUUCGGACACUACCUACAUGAUCGAGUUCAAGGGAAGGAAAAAGGAAGUACGGACUUACCACACGAACCUAAUGAAACCUUAUUUGAGUUCGACACACGUGGUAAGCGUAGCUUUAAACGUUCCCGAAGAGCAGCCCUCGGACCUAGUAGAAUGGGGUGACGUUAAGGAAAGUUGUGCCAACGUAGACGAGAUCGUUCAGACGGUACUAAGUAACGCUAAGCUUUCCGAGCAGGAGAAUGAGGACGUCAAGCUACUGGUACAGGAUUUUAAAGAUCUCUUCUCAGAUUACCCAGGCAGAACUGCCCUUGCAACUCAUGAUAUAGAGUUGACCAGUGAAUCCCCUGUACGUUCACGUCCUUACCGCAUUUCCCCGCGUCAGGAGGAAAUAAUGAGAAAAGAGAUCAAACGCAUGCUUGAUUUGGGAGUAAUUGAAGAAGGGGAAAGCGAGUAUGCGUCACCUAUGAUCAUUGUUGAAGUGGCGGGCAAAGAGCCUAGGCCCUGUAUCGAUUAUAGGAAGUUGAACGCUGUAACAAAGACGCAAGCGUACCCGAUACCGAAUGUAGAGGAGAGAGUGGAAAGGGUCAGUCGGGCUAGGUUUAUCACCACGCUAGACUUAGUCAGAGGCUAUUGGCAAGUGCCAAUGAGCGAGCGAGCGCAACAAUUUGCCGCCUUUACGACACCCUUCGGUUCAUACAGGCCGUUAAUGCUCAGCUUUGGCCUUAAGAACGCACCUUUUUGUUUUUCAAAACUUAUGAGUCAAGUACUGCGAGGGGCGGAAGGAUAUGCCGUACCCUAUUUAGACGAUAUCGCCAUCUUUUCGGACUCGUGGCAAGACCACCUAGAGCAUCUUCGCGAUGUUUUCAACCGUCUACAGACUGCUGGUCUAACACUGAAAGCGAGUAAAUGCCACCUGGCUCAAGCAGAAGUGUUGUACCUUGGACAUCGCGUUGGCCAGGGAAAGAGGACGCCAGCCGAAAUGAAAAUAGCAGCGAUAGCAGACUUUCCCAGACCGCAGAGCAAAUCAGAGGUCAGGGCCUUCCUGGGUCUGACUGGUUACUACAGGAGCUAUAUUCGGCAAUACUCCGAGAUAGCAAGUCCCCUGACUGAUUCGCUUCGCAAACAAGCACCGAAUAAAGUAAACUGGAAUGACGAGAAGGAGAGCGCAUUUCAAAGACUGCAAGCCGCUCUGACCAAGCCUCCGGUCCUUAGAUCUCCAGAUUUUACCAAGCCAUUUAUAGUACAAUGUGAUGCAAGUAAUCGUGGAAUGGGAGUUAUUCUCAGUCAAAAGGACAACGACGAUCAGGAGCACCCAAUACUGUAUGCAAGCAGGAAGCUCUCUAUCAGAGAAGAGGCUUACAGUGCAACAGAAAAGGAGUGUGCGUGUCUAGUUUGGGCCACUCAGAAGCUUUCGUGCUACCUGUACGGGACCGAGUUUGUUUUCGAGACAGACCACUGCCCACUAACGUGGUUGAACCAAAUGUCGAGCAAGAACUCACGGCUACUCAGGUGGAGCCUUGCUUUACAACAGUACAAUUUCAAUGUUCGGUAUUUGGAACGUGGAAAGGAGUUCAAAACAAUGGUUCAAAACAAAACUCGAAGGAGGGGUGCUCAAUGA